AUGUCGAGCCGUCAUAAAGACUUGAGUGAAGACCGCCACGGUCCAGCCCCCAACGCCUACAAUGCAAAUGACCAUUCUGGGACCAAAACAGCCCCCGCAUUCUCGAUCAAAGGCCGCCAUAAUGACAAUCUGUACGUCGUCGUCAACUCCCGUUCGAUUUUCAUCGCGCGUAUACCUGCUCCCUUAGCACCAUCCACUUUGCCUCACCCUGCGGCCUCACCCUGCGACACGUCCUCCAGCUCCAACAUUGGCCCUGGCCCCGGCGCUCUUGAUGUCACUCGCAGCCUGGAUUAUAGCAGCGCGGUCAAAGGCACCCCUUCCUUUUCCAUGAGCGGCCGUGCCAAGGACCUCGCGAGCAGCAACGCGCCAGGCCCAGGUGCAUACAACAGCGAGGACGCAGCCCGCUACAAGAAGGCGCCCGCCUUUUCCAUGAGUGGCCGUGCCAAGGAGGAUGCUGCUCGCCUGGGCCCGGGCCCUGGCGCCUACACUACCCCGGAUGCACUCUCCAAGCUGAGCGCCUCCAUCAAGGGCCGUCCCAAGUCAUCGCUCUCCACCGAUUCGCCCGGCCCCGCCUACAACGUGGACUAUGGCAAGACGGUGAAGAAGUCGCCUGCGUUUAGCAUGACAGGCCGGGCUCGGGACCAGCGGAACGACCAGGCGCCUGGACCAGGCACCUAUGCAGUGGCCGCCAACCCAAACCACAAGAAGCCCCCUGCGUUCUCCAUGAGCGGGCGCAACAAGGAGCUCAUGGAUGCUUCGGGCCCGGGGCCGGGAGCGUACAACACACCGGAUGCGCUGUCCAAGCGUGGCGCUUCGAUCAAGGGCCGGCAUGAGAAGAAGUCGAACAACCACUCACCAGGACCGGCAUAUAGCGUGGACAUUUCCAAGACGACCAAGGGUGCGCCUUCGUUCUCGAUGGGUGGUCGCACCAAGGAUCUCGCAAGCAGCAACGCGCCAGGCCCAGGUGCAUACAACAGCGAGGACGCAGCCCGCUACAAGAAGGCGCCCGCCUUUUCCAUGAGUGGUCGCGCCAAGGAGGAUGCUGCUCGCCUGGGCCCGGGCCCUGGCGCCUACACUACCCCGGAUGCACUCUCCAAGCUGAGCGCCUCCAUCAAGGGCCGUCCCAAGUCAUCGCUCUCCACCGAUUCGCCCGGCCCCGCUACAACGUGGACUAUGGCAAGACGCGGGCGCAACAAGGAGCUCAUGGAUGCUUCGGGCCCGGGGCCGGGAGCGUACAACACACCGGAUGCGCUGUCCAAGCGUGGCGCUUCGAUCAAGGGCCGGCAUGAGGAGAAGUCGAACAACCACUCACCAGGACCGGCAUAUAGCGUGGACAUUUCCAAGACGACCAAGGGUGCGCCUUCGUUCUCGAUGGGUGGUCGCACCAAGGAUCUCGCAAGCAGCAACGCGCCAGGACCGGGACAGUACUCGGUUCGCGAUGCUAGCAGCGGGGCCAUUUCAUUCGGUGUCCGUUAUCCAGACAAGGUCAAAGGCACCCCUUCCUUUUCCAUGAGCGGCCGUGCCAAGGACCUCGCGAGCAGCAACGCGCCAGGCCCAGGUGCAUACAACAGCGAGGACGCAGCCCGCUACAAGAAGGCGCCCGCCUUUUCCAUGAGUGGCCGUGCCAAGGAGGAUGCUGCUCGCCUGGGCCCGGGCCCUGGCGCCUACACUACCCCGGAUGCACUCUCCAAGCUGAGCGCCUCCAUCAAGGGCCGUCCCAAGUCAUCGCUCUCCACCGAUUCGCCCGGCCCCGCCUACAACGUGGACUAUGGCAAGACGGUGAAGAAGUCGCCUGCGUUUAGCAUGACAGGCCGGGCUCGGGACCAGCGGAACGACCAGGCGCCUGGACCAGGCACCUAUGCAGUGGCCGCCAACCCAAACCACAAGAAGCCCCCUGCGUUCUCCAUGAGCGGGCGCAACAAGGAGCUCAUGGAUGCUUCGGGCCCGGGGCCGGGAGCGUACAACACACCGGAUGCGCUGUCCAAGCGUGGCGCUUCGAUCAAGGGCCGGCAUGAGGAGAAGUCGAACAACCACUCACCAGGACCGGCAUAUAGCGUGGACAUUUCCAAGACGACCAAGGGUGCGCCUUCGUUCUCGAUGGGUGGUCGCACCAAGGAUCUCGCAAGCAGCAACGCGCCAGGACCGGGACAGUACUCGGUUCGCGAUGCUAGCAGCGGGGCCAUUUCAUUCGGUGUCCGUUAUCCAGACAAGGUGGGCAUUUUGCCCGAGUAGCAGCGUUGCUCGACGAAUUGUCUGACGCGAUAUAGCUCGGCUUGUCGUGCCGUCGGCUGACUUGUUUCUUAGUUUCUUUUUUAAAAGUGCUGCCAUCUUGCAGUGCCAGUGAUGUGUUGCCUGUGAAUGUGUACUUUCCCUCCCCCUUUUUACUGACCUGUGAAGCGCCUCUUUGUCCAACUGGCUUGCCACUCUUGUUCUCGACCCCGACAACUCCAGCCCAACACAGAUACAUGGUGUCUGUUGUAACCCCUUAGUCUACGCGCCGUUUUCAUGGUGUAUGGGGAUUGGGU